AUGUGUGGUAUAUUAUGGAUAGAUAUAGUUCUCAUCGCGUGUGUGUUUGGGCAAACAGGCCCAGUAGUGGACACGAGCGUUGGACAAAUAGUUGGGCUGAAAGAUGAGUUUAUUAAGUUUCUUGGGAUACCGUACGCUGUUGUUGAUGUCAACGACCCUUUUGGUCUAGCCAAACCUCACCCGCCUUUCAACACACCCUACUUCGCAAACAAAGAUCCAAUGGUGUGCCCGCAGGUUUAUAAUAAAGUUAUAUUACAAAGUGUGGAAAUGGUGUCACUGUUAUUAAUAGACGAACCAAAAAACAAUGAUUACUUAGCUAAUAUCACUUCAAAGCUCGGUAUCGAUAGUAAAGAUCUUAAAACUGUUGAUAUGAUUAAAGAAUUGUCUAAAAUUAAUACAGAGUUAAUAAUAUCAAUGACAAAAAAUGAUAAUUUUAGACCCUGCGUUCAUAAUUUGAUAAUUGGAGAUAAGAUGAAAAGAAAUAAUUUUAAAGAUAUGAAGAUUAUUAUUGGAAAUGCGGAGAAAGAAGCAUUAUUCUUUUAUACCGGUGUUGUAAACUAUACGAACAUGAUAGAAAUGGAAUUGAACAAGCAUUUUACAAAUAUACCAGAGAAAGGUGUGACCAAAGCUGAAAAUUUUUACUUAACUGGUAAUUUAAAAUACAACACAAUCGAUUUUGGUUGUGAUUUAUAUUUUAACUAUCCUGCAAUAAGAUCGAUUAGACAUUAUUUGAGGAAUAACGCGACAGUUUAUAGAUAUUUAUUCACGUACGAUGGUGGGAGGAAUUAUAUUAAAGUUCGAGAUGGCAUCGACGCAGAAGGCGCCACCCACGGCGAUGAACUUGGCUAUUUAUUUGACGCAGAUUUAUUUGGGGACACAAUUACAGCGGCAGAUCAAUCUGUUAUUGACACUAUAACUACUUUCUGGACAAAUUUUGCUAAAUAUGGGAACCCGACUCCUGAGGACUUAUCGUCAUUGACAUGGCCGAAGAUAGACGAUAAUUUAGAGUUCUAUAUGAACAUAGCAGCUCAUCCUGUGUUGGAAAGAAGAUACAGAGAAAAAGAAAUGGUCUUUUGGGAUUCGUUUUACAAAGAUUUUGGAGUUUAUUCAACAGGACACCGUUUCGCAGAAGAGGCUGAGUUCAUGAAGAAUCGAGCUUCACAGUUAGGGAUAAUGAUAAGUUUAAAUGUUGCAGUUGUUUUAAUAAGAUUUGUAAUGUAA